CAAGACAGCCGAGCAGAGGGACACUCAGCAGUCUCCAGUCCAGGCUUGAGCGAGAAGGGAGGAGAGUGGAGGCUGGCAGGUCGGCACCAGAGAUGGCCAUCACCACAGGACUCUCUUCCAGCCCCAGGGCUUGGAGACGUGGCUGGACUGUCACCAGACUCCUGAGCUUUGCUGCCGCUAGCUGGGUGCUCGUGACUCAGGUGGAGGUGGGAGCCUGGACCUACCAUUAUGGUGACAAACAGGAUUACUCAUGGGAGCUGGCCAGAAACUUUUGCAGGACAUUCUACACCGAUCUCGUAGCAAUCCAGAACCAGAAGGAAAUUGCUCAUCUCAACAGUUCCUUGCCCCGCCAUAUCACAUACUACUGGAUUGGGAUACGAAAGAUAAACAAGGUCUGGACCUGGGUGGGUACCAGCAAGGCCCUGACAAAGGAAGCGGUGAACUGGGCUGCUGGGGAACCCAACAACAGAGGAAGGAACCAAGACUGUGUGGAGAUUUACAUCAAGAGGGAACGUGAGGCUGGAAAAUGGAACGAUGAGCCCUGCCAAAAGAAAAAGAGGGCGCUGUGUUACCAAGCGUCUUGCCAGCAUUCCUCCUGCAGCCAGCGUGGGGAGUGUGUGGAGACCAUCGGGAACUACACCUGUGACUGCUACCCUGGUUUCUACGGGUCUGAGUGUGAACACGCGUCUUGCCAGCAUUCCUCCUGCAGCCAGCGUGGGGAGUGUGUGGAGACCAUCGGGAACUACACCUGUGACUGCUACCCUGGUUUCUACGGGUCUGAGUGUGAACACGUUGUGACCUGCAAGAGCCUUGGCCCGGGGCCUGCCUGCAGCCACCCACUGGGGGAAUUUAGCUACAACUCCACAUGCACCUUCCAGUGCCCGGAGGGGUUCGAACUGCGAGGGCUGGACACACUGCAGUGCUUGGCAUCGGGGAACUGGACAGCAGUGCCUCCAGAGUGUGCAGCUGUCACGUGCCCAGCGCUGGCCGCCCCGGGCAGAGGCUGGUUAAACUGCACUCACUGGCAUGGAGACUUCGCGUAUAGCUCCACCUGUACCUUCUCCUGCGAGACGGGCUUUGUGCGGCGUGGAGCGGAGACGCUGGAGUGCACAGCCCUGGGACAGUGGACAGGGCCAGCCCCGCGCUGUGAAGCUGUCACGUGCCCAGCGCUGGCCGCCCCUGGCAGAGGCUGGUUAAACUGCACUCACUGGCAUGGAGACUUCGCGUAUAACUCCACCUGCGCCUUCUCCUGCGAGACGGGCUUUGUGCGGCGUGGAGCGGAGACGCUGGAGUGCACGGCCCUGGGACAGUGGACAGAGCCAGCCCCGCGCUGUGCAGCUGUCACGUGCCCAGCGCUGGCCGCCCCUGGCAGAGGCUGGUUAAACUGCACUCACUGGCAUGGAGACUUCGCGUAUAACUCCACCUGCACCUUCUCCUGCGAGACGGGCUUUGUGCGGCGUGGAGCGGAGACGCUGGAGUGCACGGCCCAGGGACAGUGGACAGAGCCAGCCCCGCGCUGUGCAGCUGUCACGUGCCCAGCGCUGGCCGCCCCUGGCAGAGGCUGGUUAAACUGCACUCACUGGCAUGGAGACUUCGCGUAUAGCUCCACCUGCGCCUUCUCCUGCGAGACGGGCUUUGUGCGGCGUGGAGCGGAGAUGCUGGAGUGCACGGCCCUGGGACAGUGGACAGAGCCAGCCCCGCGCUGUGAAGCUGUCACAUGCCCAGCGCUGGCCGCCCCUGGCAGAGGCUGGUUAAACUGCACUCACUGGCAUGGAGACUUCGCGUAUAACUCCACCUGCGCCUUCUCCUGCGAGACGGGCUUUGUGCGGCGUGGAGCGGAGACGCUGGAGUGCACGGCCCUGGGACAGUGGACAGGGCCAGCCCCGCGCUGUGAAGCUGUCAAGUGCCCAGCGCUGGCUGCACCAGGCAGGGGUCUGUUAAACUGCACUCACUUUCAUGGAGACUUCGCUUAUAACUCCACUUGCACCUUCUCCUGCGAGACGGGCUUUGUGCGGCGUGGAGCGGAGACGCUGGAGUGCACGGCCCUGGGACAGUGGACAGAGCCAGCCCCGCGCUGUGAAGCUGUCACGUGCCCAGCGCUGGCCGCCCCGGGCAGAGGCUGGUUAAACUGCACUCACUGGCAUGGAGACUUCGCGUAUAACUCCACCUGCACCUUCUCCUGCGAGACGGGCUUUGUGCGGCGUGGAGCAGAGACGCUGGAGUGCACGGCCCUGGGACAGUGGACAGGGCCAGCCCCGCGCUGUGAAGCUGUGAAAUGCCUAGCGCUGGACACCCCAGAGAGGGGCCAGCUAACCUGCUCUCAGUGGCAUGGAAACUUCACGUAUAAUUCCACCUGCGCCUUCUCCUGCGAGAUGGGAUUUGUGCGAACUGGACCAAACUUGCUGGAGUGCACGGCCCGAGGAGAAUGGACAGCGCACCCUCCGCACUGUGAAGUCACACGGUGCCCUGAGCUGCGAGGCCUGGAGCCAGUUCUUAUGAAUUGCUCCCACCCUCUGGGACCUUUCAGCUACAGGUCAGCAUGCCGCUUCCGCUGCACUCCGGGCUACUUCCUCAAUGGGACAAGCAGGGUGCAGUGCCAGCCAGAUGGGCAGUGGUCAGACAAGAUGCCUGCCUGCCAAGAAGAGGCCGCUUCUUAUUUCAAGCAAGUUCUGCUUUACAUGGGUGUUGGAGCUGUGGCCCUUGUGGCUGUGUUGCUGACAAGUAUACCCAUAGUUCUACUAAUCAGGCGUCUCAGUGACAAAGAGGAAACAAAAAGGCUGCUGAAUCCUACCAGUGACCUGGGAGCAGCUGGUGUCUUUACAAAUGCUGCGUUUGACUCCACUUUGUAAGCUAAAGUGAAAGGUGCCCCCAGGAAAGAAGAUCACUGGAAGUGAAAGGACCUGAAGAUGGUACUCGUGCCUCAAUCCUUUUAGAAGAUGUUUUUAUAGUUUACGGCUCAGAUUUGUCAUCCUCCAGUGCAAGAGUUCAUAGCGACUGACAGGGAUUAAACUAACCCUGGUACACACAUCCAGUUCUGAUCUGAAAUCUGAGCUUGUUCUCCUCUGACACUGGACUUUGGUUCACCAUCUAGUUGUAUCAUGUAAAGGUCCCCAAGAUAUUUUGUUAUUUCAUCCAUCUCCCUAUCUAAUGCUCUGAAAGGACCUCCAGACCUGGGGCCUCGUACCUAAACCCUCAAUCGCUCACUUGACCCAGCCUGACCAUCAUAAUAUUCAACAGUCACAAAGAAUUCCAUAUCUUCUAAGUGCUUGAGGAGUACAUUGUUACUGUUCUGCAAAGUGUCUGUCACCUCCUAAGGUAAAUUGGCUAAAUUGUGUAUUCCUUCUGCCUUGUUCUCCAGAAGUGCUUAUUAUGCACAGCAUAUGGGGUUUUUUGGAGUAUUGCUUUUUUUAUAAGUCAAACCUGAUGCUUUUUUGUUACUGGUGAACUAUGACAAGUUUUGUACAAUAGCUAGUAGUGAGACAAGUUAUCAAGUCUCAAGUUACCACUUGCCCUUCACAGACAUUUUCCAGCUUCUUGUCUUCUUUCUUUGCCUGUGCUGGUGGAUCAUGGUGUUGCCCCACCUGCACUGGAACAUCUUGCAGAAACAGAGCAGUUGGAGGGGACAGCCCUCUAAGAAAGAGACAGCUGGCUGGAACUUGAAGCUGUGUUGACUAGGGAACGGAGACACGAGACAAUGUUACAGAGGUUGCCAUUCUUUGCCUGAAUGUCUUCUUGAGAUUUUCAAGCUGGGAUCUUCCUCCUCACAAAAGCCUGGUAUGAUGAGCAAUAGCUCAGUAAGCAGACUUUGGAGGCUGACUUAUUCCCUUCAUUAAACUCAUACACCUUCACUAAUGCCAUUGGCUUUAGACAGGAAAACUUAAGCAUACAGUGAUUUGAUUUUUUUUUUCUAGGCAGCCUGUAUUAGUGUUUCUACAGGUUGAACCUCUCUAGUCCAGCACCCUGGGGAUGUGACUGGUGCAAACCAGAGAAUUUGCUGAACUAAGGGAGCUCAAUGCAGAGUGCCAGCAGGUCUCUACAGGCAGGGGAAGUAUGAGUGUGAGGCAAAGCUCAUGCUAAGCUGCAUGGCAGUGCCGCUGUCUAGCUGCUUAAUCAGCCCCACCUCGGGGCACAGGGCUGCCACGCACAGGGUUGCCUGGCUGUGGGAGGGACACCUUUUCCUCAGCUACAACUCCUCCCUGCUGGGGACGGAGGAGAGCGCCUCUCCCAGCCAGUAUGGAUGGGACAUUAGGAGGGAAGAGUCACUGGGGAGGGGAGUUUGGACAGCCCAUCUGAAGAGAAGACAGACUGCUCUCAUUAUAGGCAGCUA